AUGGCAGCACCGGAGAAUAAAGAAAGAGAUAAAGAGUUGGUAAACUUGUUCCAAGCCGUGGAGAAAGCGGCUGCACUUGGCGGACGAUCAGUUGUGGAAGAAAGCCGAUGCCUUGAUGCAUUGUGCCGUCUCAAAUCCUUUCCUGUCACAGCCCAACCUCUUAUUUCCACCAAGAUAGGGAAGUGCGUUCGACAACUGAAGAAAAACCCUAGCAAGAAAAUCCAAGAUCUUGCUUCUGAUGUUAACGCAAUCUGGACUAAGCAACUUCUCCAACAGGUCGCAUCAACCCGUCUCAAGAAAACAUCAUCUGAUCAUCAUGUGCCCAAGUGUAACGAUGUCUUGUCCAAGGUUUCUAGCGAGGCCAAAGAAGAUGUUAGGGUUGAAGUGAAUGCAUGUGAUCCAGUUGGGGUUGCUGUUUCUCUAGAGUCAGCGUUGUUUAAGAAUUGGGGAAGUUUUGGUUCUAAUAGGUCCAAUAAGGCCAAGUACCGGUCUGUUUUGUUCAACAUCAAGGAUCCUAAGAACCCAGAUUUCAGAAGAAAACUACUUCUUGGACAAGUGGAACCUGGUCAAGUGGUGAACAUGAGUGCAAAAGAGAUGGCUAGUGGCGAAAAGCAGCACGAGAACCGAAUUCUUGAAGCCAAGUCUUUGAUGAAGUGCGUUACUGGAACAGUUAAGAAAGGUACAACUGAUGCAUUCGAGUGUGGAAGGUGCGGGAAACGUGAGACAACUUACUGUCAGCUGCAGACAAGGAGUGCUGAUGAGCCCAUGACAACAUAUGUCACCUGUGUGAUUUGCAAUAACCAUUGGAAGUUCUGUUGA